AUGCUCCUCCGAACGAUCAUCGUCGCCGUAUUGGCAUUCGUCUGCUCGGCCAUCGCCCAGAAAAUGAACGAGGCAAAAGGAGCCCCGGAAGUGGCCCUGCCUGCCUACGGACCCGUCAGCGCCGAAUCCGAAGUGUUGGCGAGGGUGGAGAGCCAGUUGGUCGGCGCCCUCCAGAUGCUUGACGCCUUGCAAGAGGAACCGAAAAUCGCCGAGAAGCGCCGCAACAACCAGCUAACGAUAUCGAGAUCCGAAAUGCCGAGUGCCCGUGUCUUCUUCAUCCCCCCGUGUGCAUAUUUAUUCCGA